AUGAGCAAUCUCGCACCAGAGCCAUCAGGGAGCUCUCAGCGACCGGACCAAGAGCUUUACGAUCAUGACGACUCCGAUAAUGCGCCAUCAGGCCUACUCUCCUCCCCACCGAAGACAUCCUCGCAGAGCUUCACUCCCCGUUCCCUCAUCGUCGGCCUCGCUAUCGGCACCCUCAUAACCUUUUCAAAUACCUAUUUCGGUCUUCAAACUGGCUGGAUCAGUACCAUGGCCAUGCCAUCGUCCCUGAUCGGGUUCGCAGUAUUCAAAACUCUGGCCCCCUACCUUUCGUUUCCGUUUAGUCCCAUUGAGAACGUGCUCAUUCAGACUGUUGCGGGCGCAGUGGGGACUAUGCCGCUUGGAUGUGGCUUUGUCGGUGUGGUCCCGGCGCUGGAAUUCUUACUUCGGGAUGGGCCGGAUGGAGAGAUGGGUGGGGAUGAUGGGCAGGGCGAGGGAGGGCCAUUGAAGCUGGGAUUCUGGAAACUGGUGGUUUGGAGUCUCGGAGUGUGCCUGUUCGGUGUGGUGUUUGCGGUACCGUUGAGGAAAGAGGUUAUAGUGAGGGAAAAGUUGAAGUUCCCGAGUGGAACGGCAACGGCGUUGAUGAUCAGGGUUUUGCAUGGCAGUGGGCAAGAUGGUGAAAAGGCGAAAGACGCUGGAAGCUCGAAUGUGGAAUACCAGGAAACGGAAAGGCUGCUCGUUAAUGAGCCUGCAGCCACUGAAGUUCCAAGAUCGUCAAUUGGCCAUGAUCAUAGGCAGGAUUGGAAAGGGAAAAUAAGGCUUUUGGUUUUUGCCUUUGGAAUAUCCGCUUUCUAUACACUUCUCUCGUAUUUCAUCCCAUUGCUUCGCAAUCUACCCAUUUUCGGUUUGACACUUGCGAGCAAAUGGCUCUGGACUUUGAACCCAUCCCCGGCAUACGUUGGACAAGGUAUCAUCAUGGGCUCAUCUACCUCGUUCCACAUGUUAGUUGGGGCCGUUAUUGGAUGGGGAGUCCUGUCUCCUUUGGCUAAAAACAAAGGAUGGGCACCAGGUCCAGUGGGUAACUGGGAGAAUGGAAGCAAGGGCUGGAUCGUUUGGGUAUCGCUCGCUAUCAUGCUGGCCGACUCAGUCAUGAACCUAGGAUGGCUGGUACUCAGGCCUAUAGUCCACUAUGGGCCGGGUGCGGUUCAUGCGAUCCGUCAUCGAACUAGCGAGCAGGGGUUUUGGAAGAAGCUUUUAAGCAGGAAUUCGAAUUCAAGCCAGGGCUAUAUUCCCAUCAAUCAGGGCGACCCUACACAGUAUAAGAACUCCGACAGCAAGAAAGACCACGAUGAAGAUGAUGCUCCCCCUUCAGAACUUAUCCCGAUGCGGACUAUCGUUAUCUUGCUUCCAAUAACCCUCAUACUAAACGUCAUAUGCAUGCACGUCGCCUUUGGAAGCAUCAUCACCCCAUUUUUAUCCAGCCUUGCAACCCUCCUCGCCCUUGUCCUUUCAGUAAUGGGCGUGCGUGCCCUAGGGGAAACCGACCUCAACCCCGUCUCGGGAAUCAGCAAAGUCACCCAACUCAUCUUCGCCCUCGCCACACCCGCUUCCAGCCACACACGCCGCUCAGCAAUCGUCACCAACCUCCUUGCCGGUGCUGUCUCCGAGUCCGGCGCCCUGCAAGCUGGAGACAUGAUGCAAGACUUGAAGACGGGCCAUAUCCUGGGCGCGAGCCCCAAAGCACAGUUUUACGGCCAGCUAAUAGGCAGCCUUUUCGGUGCUGUGAUUUCAGUGGCCGUGUACCGCUUAUAUAUCAAUGUGUACGAAAUUCCGGGGGACAUGUUCCAGAUUCCCACGGCAUACGUGUGGAUUUUCACCGCUAGAUUUGUCACGGGUCAAGGCCUGCCGGACAUGGCAUGGCAGGUCUCGGGGAUAGCGGCGGUUAUUUUUACCGUUACCACUAUUGUUAGAAUAUACGGCGCUGCGGGGAUGAGGCGAGGGGGUUCCGCUCCUUCCUGGAGGGCGUGGAUCCCCGGUGGCAUUGCCGUCGCCGUGGGGAUGUAUAACGUCCCCUCGUUUACGUUGGCGAGAGCCAUCGGAGGCGGGAUCGAGUUCUGGUGGCGCCGGCGUCAAAAAGCAAAGCAAAUUCGGCAGCAAUCAGCAUUGCAGGGCCAAGAUCAUGGAGAAACGCCAGGACACGAAGGAGACUCUGUUGGGCGACGAGAAGAGCUCAAAGACGACCAGGGAAUAAACGGCUCGCAUUCAACCAUUGUCAUAUUGGCUUCGGGGCUCAUUCUUGGAGAAGGUGUGGUGAGCAUCAUCAACUUGGCACUUGCAAGUGCUGGCGUACCGCAUCUAUAG